GGGAAACGCGAUAAAUACACUCUCGCGUAUAUAUAGGCUUUACAAAGAUACGAAAAAAUCAUCAGUUAGAAACUGAAUCGUUUCGCGUAACUGUACUCUUCUUUUGAAAGAUACGCGUUGUUGCGCGGUUGGAGUUACUCCCAUUCACGCUACUCACGUGCGUCUAGCACGUCUGGAAGGGAUUUUGCGCGCUAUUUCGAGAUUAUACGCUCAUUACAAGGAGUUCCAUUGUACAGGAUGUAUUCGAGACAAUUCAAGGUUUUACAACGCACACACACACAUACAUGUCAAUAUUAUUACGCCGCUAAUACCAAGAAUACUCUCGUCUAAUAUAUCGAGACAUGACAUUCAUCAUUUCUUAGCUUGGCGCAUUACACAUAGUGACUCAUCGGAAAUUCGCUAAUGAUGCUACAAAGAGGAGGAAAAGAAACUCUUUGCAAACAUGUAAAGUAGGAAAAAUAUAUGCCUAUGUCACGAUUACAUAUUGUUUAUAUGAUAUGAAUUUUACGCGCGGUACGCAAUAUAAUUAAUUUUUAUUUUUUCUGCAUAUAAUUAAUUUUUCAAUAGAAAACCGAGAAAAAUUGUAUCUAUUUUUUUCCUUGCGACGACUGCGAAGAAUACCUCGAAUUUGAUUUCACAUAUGUCAGCGACGUCAGAGGUUGCCUAGCGACGAACGAGUCAACAAACGAAUCAUUUUGGAUCAUUGAUAAUCGGAGAACUGUGGCUCAGCGUUUUGCAACAACAAUUGAAUCGUCUCAUUAAUAUUACGUGAUAAUUUAAAAAUGUCCUGCAAAGUGGAAAAAAUGAAGAUAGCUGCGAGUUACAAAGUGAACGAACCGAUACAUAAUUUGAAGAUAAGAAAUAUCUGCAUAUCUGAUAAUAUUAAACCGGUAUGAGACUCUUCCGAAGGCGUGAAGGUUACGAAGAAGUAGCAUAUUUAUGUGAUGCAUUAAUUUUCCGUUUAUCUUUUGCGAUGUAUCAACUUCUUCGUUCAUCCAUUAGACCCGUGUAUCUAUGAAUACGUUUAUAUAAUCAAUCAAAAUGCAAGGUCUCGUUGUUUUUCAUUUAACUUUAUCGCAUUUUUAUACGUACAUCAUUAAACGAUCCUUAAUUUUCUUGGAGUAAUAAAUACUGGAUUAAACAAUCUUUACACAUUGUAGAUAAUUCCGCAUUCCAGACUCCGCGAAGAUUAAAGACGCGAAGGUUAAAAUCGAAGGACAAGUUUGCUUGUGUCGAUGUACGUGAAAACUUAAAAUUACCGAUGUCGAGAUCAUUAUAUAACUAUGUAAUAUCACGCGUAUUACCUUUCUUUUUUGUCAUCGUAUUGCCGCUUGACAUUUGCAAUCGUAAUUACGAAUAUCUUUUGUUUCAAGAUAAUUAGAUUCUUUGUUUCUUUCUUUUUUUUUUUUAUGAAUUGACUUGUUAUACUUUUCAGCAGAAUAUUGCGAGGAAUCUCAUGUGUUGUAUUUUUUUAUAUUGUCAUCUUCAUAAUAGACAAUGAUAGGAAGUUUCAACGUUUUGUAGAAAAUUUAAGUAUUGUGAAAUAUUUUUUUAUAAUUUAAAUAUAUAUUCAAGAAAAAUAUUUAUAUCUGUCGCGCAUUAAUCUCUUUUAUUGUACCGAGAAAAUUUUGAAAGUUUUUUUAUACAUAAAAAUUAAAUGAAGCUAUUGGCAGGACUUAACGCGCACUCAAUUUUUUCCAUAAUUAAUUCACACAUAUAUGGGAGGAAAAAAGCAAAGAUGGAAUAGAGCGGUAUUAAAUUUUUCGUGUUUUCGCGGAAUCGGGAAACGAUGAAUUCCGGACACACAUCUGUGGCCGCGGAUCACCUUUUCCGAUUUACACCAGAUAUCAUUUCAUCAGCGUUCGUUUGUUGUUUCAGAGUGCGAGUCGCUCAGCAGAGAUCUCCGUUGGCCGAGCUGUUGGCCGAGGAAUCCAAGGGCGGCGAGACCAGAGAUUCUAAUUUCUUGGAGGAGGAGGACCGUAUUUUUAACUGGCAGGAGAAAGUGUUCGGUCCAUUCGAGAUAGAUUUCUAUGCGGAUGAGAAGAAUUGUCUGACCGAUUGUCAGCGGGAGUAUCACCGGCGUAUCAACGAUGAGCAGCUAAAGGGUGCCCGAUUAUACUCUUACACAGAGAACGACUCUUACUAUAUCGAUGACGAUCUUUUGACAACACCUUACAGAUCAUAUUUGUCGAAGAAGAAUCAAACCGCGCUGCCGGCCAUGCAGAAUCGUAAGCCCUUCCGGGAGCGAUACAAUAAAAGAGUGCUAGACGACAGAUCCAUAAAAGCCAGAAUCCGAUCGAGCCAUUAUCUCUAUACCGAACGUAUUAGCAUGCACGUGAUGGCUGAUCUGUCUCACAGAGACGAGCCUGUGAUCAGCGGAUCGGCGGACUCGGAGACGCUUCUCUGCUCCGUGACUUAUGACAAGGCACGCAAACAGCUAACGAUUAAUCCCGAUUUCACGAUCGACGACGAACGCGAGCGGCACUACAGUGUCACCAACGGCCACGGCGUCAAGUUCAAUUAUCGGAUCGAGCACGUUUCCGCGGGACCGACGUUGACGGAAUUGCAGGAGCAACGCGAAGCUAUGCGGCGUGAAGUACAACAAGAGGUUGCUUAUAAAGAAGCAGAGUUAUACAAGGAACUGCAAUUGCCACCGGCGAAUUUAUCUACUCUAUUUUUAAACUUAGAUAUUGUGUCAGCUCAUGGUUUCUCCUAUGAUGGAUUGUUUAUUACCUAUUUUAUCGAUUUGCCGCAACAUUGGACUACAAAACAGAAAGAGAGAUUAUUCGGAAGAACGCAGAGGUGUCUUUUAGAAAAUAAAUCGGCGCAUUUUAGUUAUUGUACUGAUAUAUCCUUGCAUUAUCCAUCAAAUGAAUCUCAACAAUUAAGUGGUGAUACACACAUCGGCAAUACUUUGGCCCCUCGUUUAUUAUUUUCCGUGGCGUCUUUGGAUAGUUGGACCAGGUAUCGAAUAGAGGGAUACGCGGCGUUACCAAUACCAAUGACACCUGGUACAUAUAAAUUUACAGUCCCUACAUGGCGUGCAAAAGGCAAUAUCAUCGAUGCGUUGAGACGUUUUUUCAUUGGUGGUUCUUACGAGCUCGAAGAUAUUACAUAUUGCAGUAUUCCAAUAGUGCAUGAGGGUAAAGUUUUAGACAAAUCAAAUUUAAGGAUUAUAUCAAGUGGAGAUAUUGAAAUUAAUAUGAAUAUUAUAAUUCAAAAUGGUACACACAUGAAACAUUUUAAUUAUGAAAUCGAUAAUUCCGAUAGAGUAAACACCGAUGCACUUAUGAAUAAUGUUGAAAAUGUUCUUGAACAAUUUAAAGCGGCUAAGGAACGCAUGAUACGAAUAAGAACGAUUAGUUCUUAGAUGUAAAUUACUCCAAAUAAUGAUAAUUAAAAAGACUGAUUAAAAUAAAGUUUAUAAAUAAAAUGUAAAUCUCUUUGUGUAUGGGAGAGAUAUAAAAAAUAAUUAAGUUAGAAAUUUAUUUUUUAUUAUGUAUAUAUGUAAUAUGUUUUAUAUAUAAUAUUCAAUAACAUAUAUAUUGUAUAGUUAACUUUUGGACAAUGGAUGACGAGAUGACAGUUCGUAAAUGACACAUGAAAAAUGCCAGACAAAUUUUUACUCAUAGUAAAAUGUCUUUUGUCAUGUAUAUUAUAUAUACAUAUAUGUAUAUAUAUGCAUCUAUGUAUGGUCUAUGUAUAAGUAUGUACGUGUCCCAGAAUAAAUUUUUAUAUUCUA